AACUAGGAUGCUGGAUCCAGUGUCCUUGAAGGCCAGUGUCUGAUGCUGGCAGUAUGAAUGUCAGACACCAGACGAUUACGCAGCUCCAUGUCACCAGCGAGGCAGACAGCAUGAAACAAAUCCAGAUGGCAAGGGGUUUCUGUGCGUGUGUCUUGUGUAGGACCGGCAUUACACAUGGACACUGAAGGGUUUGGAGAACUUCUCCAGCAAGCAGAACAGCUUGCAGCUGAGACAGAGGGCAUCUCUGAACUUCCUCAUGUAGAACGCAACCUCCAGGAGAUCCAACAGGCAGGAGAGCGUCUGCGGUCUCGGACUCUGACCCGCACGUCGCAGGAGACUGCCGAUGUCAAGGCAUCCGUUCUUCUUGGGUCCAGAGGACUUGACAUAUCCCAUAUCUCUCAGCGGCUGGAGAGUCUUAGUGCAGUCACUACAUUUGAGCCUCUUGAGCCUGUGAAGGACACUGACAUACAGGGAUUCCUGAAGAAUGAAAAAGAUAAUGCUUUGCUGUCAGCCAUUGAAGAGUCCAGGAAAAGAACCUUUGGUAUGGCUGAAGAGUACCACCGAGAAUCGAUGCUGGUCGAAUGGGAACAGGUGAAACAAAGGAUCCUUCAUACGCUUCUUGCUUCAGGAGAAGAUGCUCUUGACUUUACCCAGGAAAAUGAGCCCAGUUGCAUCAGUGAGUUGGGUCCUCCAGGUCGCAGCUCUUUGGAUAGCAUGGAAAUGGCCUAUGCCCGACAAAUUUAUAUUUAUAAUGAGAAGAUAGUGAACGGACAUGUACAGCCUAACCUGGUAGACUUUUGUGUUGCUGUUGCUGAACAGGAUGAUAAGAAUAUCUCUGAUAUGUGGGCCAUGGUUAAACUAAUGACAGAGGUCUUGCUGGUUCCUGCAAGCGAUGCAUUGAAAGUCCGGACCAACAUGGAGGUGCGCAUGGAGUUUGUAAGGCAGGCUCUGCGGUACCUAGAACAAAGUUACAAGGAUUAUACUUUGGUGACAGUAUUUGGAAACUUGCACCAGGCUCAGUUGGGUGGAGUACCUGGGACCUACCAACUAGUCUGCAGUUUCCUUAAUAUCAAACUCCCAGCACCUGUCCCCGGUCUCCAGGAUGGGGAGGUGGAAGGCCAUCCUGUUUGGGCAUUGAUUUACUAUUGCAUGCGCUGUGGAGAUUUAAUCGCCGCUUUGCAUGUGGUGAAUCGGGCGCAGCAUCAGCUGGGCGAGUUUAAAACCUGGUUCCAGGAGUAUAUGCACAGUAAAGAUAAAAGAUUGUCCCCUACCACGGAAAACAAGCUUCGCCUCCAUUACAGACGAGCCCUGAGGAACAAUACAGACCCUUACAAAAGAGCUGUUUAUUGUAUCAUAGGCCGGUGUGACAUCGCUGAUAACCAGAGUGAAGUUGCUGACAAAACAGAAGAUUAUCUUUGGCUAAAGCUGAACCAGGUGUGUUUUGAGGAUGAUGGUACCAGCUCCCCCCAGGACAGGUUAACGUUAUCGCAGUUCCAGAAACAACUACUUGAAGACUAUGGCGAAUCGCAUUUUGCAGUGAAUCAGCAGCCUCUUCUCUACUUCCAAGUAUUGUUCUUGACAGCACAGUUUGAAGCUGCAAUUGCUUUUCUCUUCCGGAUGGAGCGCUUGCGUUGUCAUGCUGUUCACAUUGCUUUGGUCCUCUUUGAGUUAAAGCUGCUCCUGAAAUCUUCUGGGCAGAGCGCACAGCUGUUAAGUCAUGAAGCUGGCGACCCUCCCGGCAUGAGGCGCCUUAAUUUCGUUCGCCUUUUGAUGCUCUACACCCGUAAAUUUGAGUCAACGGACCCAAGGGAAGCUCUGCAGUAUUUUUACUUUCUCAGGAACGAGAAGGAUAGCCAAGGAGAGAACAUGUUCUUGCGUUGUGUUAGUGAGCUAGUAAUCGAAAGUAGAGAGUUUGAUAUGAUUCUGGGGAAGCUGGAGAAUGAUGGCAGUAGGAAGCCAGGAGUGAUAGACAAGUUUACUAGUGACACAAAACCUAUUAUUAACAAAGUUGCUUCAGCGGCAGAAAAUAAAGGAUUAUUUGAAGAAGCUGCAAAACUUUACGACCUUGCAAAGAAUCCAGAUAAGGUAUUAGAACUGAUUAAUAAAUUACUCAGUCCUGUGGUUCCACAGAUCAGCACUCCCCAGUCUAACAAAGAGAGGCUGAAGAAUAUGGCACAUUCCAUUGCAGCGAGAUAUAAAGCUCAAGGGAUAAGUACAAAGAAAUCCAUUGACUCCACAUUCUACCUUCUGUUAGACUUGAUCACAUUUUUUGAUGAAUAUCAUGCCGGCCACCUUGACAGGGCCUUUGAUAUUAUUGAACAUCUAAAGCUCGUGCCCCUGAGCCAAGACUGUGUGGAAGAGAGGGUGGCUGCCUUCAGAAAUUUCAGCGAUGAAAUCAGACACAAUUUAUCUGAGGUCCUUCUUGCAACCAUGAAUAUUUUGUUCACGCAAUACAAGAGGAUGAAAGGCACAAGCCCUGCCACUCCUGCAAGACCCCAGCGUGUAAUGGAGGAUAGAGAUUCGCAACUCCGAUCCCAAGCUCGUGCACUGAUAACGUUUGCUGGAAUGAUCCCCUACAGAACGUCAGGAGACACGAAUGCAAGACUGGUGCAGAUGGAGGUCCUUAUGAAUUAGCACAGAUGCUUUCAGUUAGAACUGUAGCAUCCCCUUCCUGUCAUUAGCUCUUUAAGCAGAUGGGCCCAAUAUCAUUUUGUAUCCUGUAUUUUUGUCAAUGAAAAUAAAUUUCUUUGGUUUA